AGAUAUCAGCACUUAAUUCCAAGGUAAAUGCGUGUAUGGAAGAGUUAGCUGGAACCAAUGGAAGCUUAGAGAGUAGGUCUCUGGAGCUCUCCAGUCAUGUUAACAAUCUUCAGUUGCUUUUGAAAGAUGAGACCCUUGUGUCCUUACUUAGGAGAAGCUUUGAGACAAAAUUUGAGACCCUCAAAGAUAUGGACCUCCUCCUUGAAGACAUAAAGGAUCAUUUUGUCAAAAUGGAGUCGGAAACACAGCAAAGUUACCCUGUCACAGAGCAAGAUUCCUAUGUGUCAAAGUUCUCAGCUGGCCUUGACAACAUUGCAAUUGUUGAAAUGGAAAAUGUUGAGGGCAAUGGAGAAGGUGGUGACAGUUUUGAGUCCAAUUUCAGAAAGACAGUGGAAGGAUUUCAUUUUAGAAACAAGAUUCUUGCAGAUAAAGUUAAAGGUUUUUCUACUUCCAUGGAUGAGUUUAUUGCAGCUCUUUUGACAAAAUUAAGAGCAACAAGAGAUGAAGUAGUAGUUAAGAUUGAGCAAAUGAGAUCUUUGAAGCAAGAAGUGAAUAAUCUAGAAAUGGAUAGACAGGCACAGGAAAACAAGAUAGCCAUGUUGGAAAAUGAUAUUACAAUUUUGGGGUCUGUUUGUACUGAUGCCACUCAUGAGCUGAAGAUUGAAGUUGAGAACAAUCCAGUGGAACUGAGUUCUGUACCUGAGCUGAAAAAAUUGAACUACUUGUUAUCUGAAGCGAGAGAAUUCAGUUUAGAUGCAGUAGCAGAUCGUCAGCUCGGACUUGACGGCAGCAAAUAUAUCAAGACUGCAGAGAACCUUUUACUGGCUGCUGGAAAUGCCCGAGCUUUAAUUGGACAGUUUGAGAAUGUAAGGAAUGUAUUGGUCACUGCAAUUGAAGAUUUGGAGAAUAAAUGUACAGAAACUAGAAGAAAUUUGGAAAAUGCCAUAGAAGAAAGGGACUUGAAACAAAAUAAAAUUUCCAAGUUGGAGAGUGAUUUACGAUCAUUACAAAACUCAUACCAAGAGAUGAGGUUCAAACUAGAGGAUUAUCAGGCAAAAGAGGACAAGUUGAAAGACAGAGAAGCAGAAAUUUCAUCUUUGUCGGCCACUGCAAUUAAAGAUUUGGAGAAUAAAUUGACAGAAACAAGAAUAACUUUGGAAAAUGCCAUAGGAGAAAGGGACUUUAACCAAAAUAAGAUUUCCAAGUUGGAGAGUGAUUUACGAUCAUUACAAAACUCAUACCAAGAGAUGAGGUUCAAACUAGAGGAUUAUCAGGCAAAAGAGGACAAGUUGAAAGACAGAGAAGCAGAAAUUUCAUCUUUGUCGGCCACUGCAAUUAAAGAUUUGGAGAAUAAAUUGACAGAAACAAGAAUAACUUUGGAAAAUGCCAUAGGAGAAAGGGACUUUAACCAAAAUAAGAUUUCCAAGUUGGAGAGUGAUUUACGAUCAUUACAAAACUCAUACCAAGAGAUGAGGUUCAAACUAGAGGAUUAUCAGGCAAAAGAGGACAAGUUGAAAGACAGAGAAGCAGAAAUUUCAUCUUUGUCGGCCACUGCAAUUAAAGAUUUGGAGAAUAAAUUGACAGAAACAAGAAUAACUUUGGAAAAUGCCAUAGGAGAAAGGGACUUUAACCAAAAUAAGAUUUCCAAGUUGGAGAGUGAUUUACGAUCAUUACAAAACUCAUACCAAGAGAUGAGGUUCAAACUAGAGGAUUAUCAGGCAAAAGAGGACAAGUUGAAAGACAGAGAAGCAGAAAUUUCAUCUUUGUCGGCCACUGCAAUUAAAGAUUUGGAGAAUAAAUUGACAGAAACAAGAAUAACUUUGGAAAAUGCCAUAGGAGAAAGGGACUUUAACCAAAAUAAGAUUUCCAAGUUGGAGAGUGAUUUACGAUCAUUACAAAACUCAUACCAAGAGAUGAGGUUCAAACUAGAGGAUUAUCAGGCAAAAGAGGACAAGUUGAAAGACAGAGAAGCAGAAAUUUCAUCUUUGUCGGCCACUGCAAUUAAAGAUUUGGAGAAUAAAUUGACAGAAACAAGAAUAACUUUGGAAAAUGCCAUAGGAGAAAGGGACUUUAACCAAAAUAAGAUUUCCAAGUUGGAGAGUGAUUUACGAUCAUUACAAAACUCAUACCAAGAGAUGAGGUUCAAACUAGAGGAUUAUCAGGCAAAAGAGGACAAGUUGAAAGACAGAGAAGCAGAAAUUUCAUCUUUGUCGGCCACUGCAAUUAAAGAUUUGGAGAAUAAAUUGACAGAAACAAGAAUAACUUUGGAAAAUGCCAUAGGAGAAAGGGACUUUAACCAAAAUAAGAUUUCCAAGUUGGAGAGUGAUUUACGAUCAUUACAAAACUCAUACCAAGAGAUGAGGUUCAAACUAGAGGAUUAUCAGGCAAAAGAGGACAAGUUGAAAGACAGAGAAGCAGAAAUUUCAUCUUUGUCGGCCACUGCAAUUAAAGAUUUGGAGAAUAAAUUGACAGAAACAAGAAUAACUUUGGAAAAUGCCAUAGGAGAAAGGGACUUUAACCAAAAUAAGAUUUCCAAGUUGGAGAGUGAUUUACGAUCAUUACAAGAGAGAGAGAGAGAGAGAGAGAGAGAGACAGUCAGAAACUAA